UGACGAAUCCGUGGUUUUGAUUUGAAAAAGGAAAACCUUGGUGGCCUGGUUUUUUUUUGUAAAUGUGUUGUACUGCAUUGCUCGUAUAAAACGGUUGCAAAUAAUACGAGUCCACGUGUCGCACAGUAGACUGUACGCUAUAUAGGAUACGGAUACCGCAAAACAGUUGUUAAUAUGUGUCCCAAAAUAUAUGUACUCAUUCCCCUACCUACGAUAGUUACUUAUAUUUCCAAGGCGAUGUGAUUCGUAUGUCUUUUGUGCGUGUUUUUUUUUUUUUUAUUUUUUUUUUUGCGGUCGUGACACGUCCAAGUACGAUGUGGUGAACCGACUCACACUUAUUGAUUAAGGAGGUGAACUCAAUAAUUUCUUGUUUACAUUCCCCCUCAACCGUGUUUUGCCUUCCCUUUUAUUAUUGAACGUUUACUGCCUCAAUUUAAAAAAAAAUUAGUUUUGGUAUUCUUUUGUUAAAUUAUCUUUGUUGAAACUCUUCAAAGUUCAUUUGUGUAGAUCAUGCCUGAUUUUCUCACUUUCACGUCAGGACGGUGUUCCAUGUAGUGAUGUUAUCUUUUGUUGCGGCCCUGCCAUUUAAAUUUUACGAAAGUUAAACCACUCCAUUCUCCACAGUAAUAAAGAGAAGGAAGUUCGCCUUUGCUCUUGUGCAGGGGAAGCAUUUCUCUUUUGUUUUUUCCUUGGGCUGAUUUAUAUCUACUGAAAGUUACCUGCGCUACAGAUCCGUUUCGAAAAACGCGGAGGCUGUGUAGUAAAACAUGUAGUUAAAGUGCAACAUAUGCAACAGUUGGGUGGCCAAAUGUCAGAGUAAGUUAUGGUGCAAUGACGGGGAAAAAAAUUUUGACUUUCUUUAUUCUUUUCUCAUGUAUAUGGUUGGAGUGCGGCGCAAUAUCAGGGUAGUUUGGAGCUGUCAUGCUAAUUACCCGUUCCAAGAUGCUGGAAAUUUUUAGGCAUGGCAUUCGUCAGCGCAACUACCAGAAGGGGAUCAAAAAUCCAUAAUGGUCCGCUUCCUUUUCGCCAUUUCCUAUUGGUUCAUCAUCCAACCUCCACCGUGGUGAUGGGUCAAAAAUUGGAAGAGAACCCCAGGGGUUUAUCAAACGUUGCAUCAUCGACGACGGCUAGUACAUAUCGUCUCAGCGUUCAGUAGGAAGCGAUGGCCGAAGCUGAUAAGUUGUUUGAAAAUUUAGCAGUUACCCUGAAUCAACGCUUUUUUGCAUUUGGUGUCGAUCGUAUACUUCACACAAGUCGAAAUCUUCGAAACCAUUAAGGUUAAAAAAUGGAAAAUCCCUCGAGAGGAGGAGGGCGUGGUACAACAGGAGCAUAUCGAGGAGGCUCUACAAGAGGUAAACAAGCGGGCAGUGGCCGCUUAUUGCUGGGUGCAAUCCCCAAAAAUCACGAAUCUUCUACAACUGGAAGAUGGAGAGGGUCAUCUUCUACAGCAGUCCACCAACAUGGAAAUCGAGGCCGAGGAUUUCAUGUACCAAACUCGAUGCCACAUCAAAGGCAAGGCAGUCAUCGAAGAUUGGAUUUUGAAUACAUCAUGAGGUUGGCAAGUGACAAUGCUCAACCGUCGGAAGUGAUACGUUGUCUCGGUGAUCCCGAAAAUGAUUUAGCACUCCAACUUCAGGAAAAUUUGAGCAAUGUCGAGUACCUGGAACUCAUCAUAGUCGCCCUUGGAGGGUUUUGCAAGAAAAAUGGAGCUUCACAAUUUACAGAAAGUUUUGUUACUGUCGUGAAGAUAUUAGCGGCCCAAAAAAUAUUUACAUACGUAAUUCCAAUCAUCAUAAACAUUCCCGUGUCUCGAGCCAGAAAUUUGCCGCCGAAAGAGGAACGUUUGAAACGCCUGACCACCGCCAUCUUUCACCUGGCGACCGAAAUGUUGGUCUUGACACCCGCCUUGGGUUGCCAUGCAUUGGGCGAGAAUUUUUUUACGGAUAUAAUUUCAUUGAAAGUCAUGCCUUCGAUCAAAAAUUUUAACGUCACAGAUGCCUUUGAUGUUCUGGAUGGCGGGAUUCAACAGUUACAGACGGCAUGGAGUCAACACAUCCCCGUUGUGGUGAGCAAAGACGAACGUCGCAUUCGCAGGGAAAAGUAUCUGGAAGAAUUGAUUCUACAAGACCCGCCCAAUGAUUUCCGGACGCUGAAUGUUAUGCCUAAUUGGGAGGAUGUCUGCCUGGAUGUUGAGCCUUUCCUCCGUCCGAGUAUUGUCAAGGGCAAAUAUCCGGACAUUGCGACCUAUCUAGAUAUCCAAUUCCGUCUACUACGCGAGGAUUUCUUUAAUCCAUUACGCGUUGGAUUGUUGGCGUACAAAAGUCAGACGGAUAAGAAACAUUCACGGAUACGGAAUCCGGACAACAUUCGGCUUUACUAUGAAGUCAGAAUUCUGGAAUAUAAUAUGCAUGAAGAUUGUUAUACGAUUCAAUUCUCUAACGCCGGAUUAAGGAGAAUCGUCUGGGAGCACAGCAAACGAUUUCUUUACGGAUCGCUCGUUUGUCUCUCUUCAGACAAUUUUAUGUCAUUCCACUUGUUCACGGUUUUGGAUCGCAAUCCGAAACUUUUGGAAGAAGGCAAAAUAAAAGUCAAGUUUGAAGGCGGUACUUUAUCGGCAGCUCUAAAAAAGCAGACGUUUGUCAUGGCGGAAUCAACAGUGUUUUUCGAAUCAUACCGAAGCAUCCUUACAGCUUUACAACGGAUCAGCCCUACUAAUUUUCCUUUGGAAGACUAUAUACUCGGUCGAAACUCUUCACCAGAAGUUCCUGAUUACCUAAAUGGGAAAAAUCCUCUCUAUGAUUUGACAUGCGUGCCAAUGCAUUUGCCAAGCGAUGAUGAAGUAGGCGAUAUACAAGUGGUCGAGAUGAGAGACGCUCAUGAAAAUGAUGAAGUGGACUAUUUACCGGAGGUCAAGAUUAGAGAUUCCGAUGAUGAAGUAGGCGAUAUACAAGUGGUCGAGAUGAGAGACGCUCAUGAAAAUGAUGAAGUAGACUAUUUACCGGAGGUCAAGAUUAGAGAUUCCGAUGAUGAUGAUCACUCUAAUAAGCAGGCAGGCAAGCUCCGCAUGCAACAAGUUCCCAUUCUCGAAUCAAGAUUGCGUCCAAAUGCAAGUGACCUGGGACUGGAUCCUAGUCAGUGUGCUGCACUGUACGCAGCGUUGACGCAAACAAUUUCUGUGAUUCAGGGUCCACCAGGAACUGGGAAAACGUAUUUGGGUCUGAGAAUCGUUGAAACGUUACUAAAAAACAAACGGUACUGGAACACCGAACGAUUUGCACGACCAUCGCCUAUUUUGGUUAUUUGCUACACCAACCAUGCUCUAGACCAGUUUUUAGAGGGCAUAUCGGAAUUCACCCACAAGAUUGUGCGCAUUGGUAGCCAAAGCAAAUGCGCGGCUCUAGAGCCUUUUUCGUUAAUGGCCUGGAAGAAAAAGCCAAGGCAAUAUGCAGAACGUGAUACCAAGAAAUGGAUCUUCGAAAUAAAUGAUAAACUACGCGAAUUUGACAAGGAACGAGAUAUCAUCCACAGUGUUAUGAUGGUAAUGCGUUCACGUGGACUGAUUCACGAAGACUCAUUCCUGAGAAUGAAAAUCAUCCCAAAAUCUCUGUAUAGCGCAUUUAAUGCUUUAAAGCAUUCAAUAAGAUAUGGCAACCAAAAUUGGACAGCUUUGGGAUUUUGGCUUGGGAUAUAUAGGAACGAAGACCUUCAACAGCUUGUCAACUGUUUCAGUAAAAAUAGUUUCACAAAGCAUCAUGCGACAAAGAAUUUGCCUGUAGCUUCACCAACGGAGGAAAACGGCACAGCAGACGAUCAAUGGGAUAAGGAAAUCAUUGAAGAAAUCCAAACUAAUCGUAAAGUAGAAGACGACGACCACUUGGCAGCUGUAAAAGCUCAGAAAUUAAGUAGGCAUUCUAAUCCAGAAGAUGAAGCCCUUAACAAAGUGUUCGUCAACUUCAGCUACAAGUUCAGUGAAGACGAAACUUUGAUUAAGGAGUUCAAAGAAUGUUUGGAAACUGUGGAAGGAGAAGAUGCACUUUGGUAUCAAUUAAAUAUUCGAGAAUUGCAGAACAAAAUGUUGCUUCUGCGCCAGUUGCUGCUAACGGUCCCUACUCUCGAAGAGAAGCAACUUGAUGGGUGGUACAAGAACGAUAUAAUGCACAUCCCUUUGAACAUUCGUUGGAUGAUGUACAAUUCCUGGAAAGCCAAAGCUCUGGACAUUCAAGAAGAGCGAGCUACCAAACUUGAAGAGCUCUAUUUGAAGAAUGCAAACCGCUUGAAAGACGUUCGAACUCUGGAAUCGGCUGAAAUCUGCCAAAAUGCUGAUAUUGUAGGAUUGACUACAACAGGAGCGGCUAAACAGAGGGCACUCUUAAACCAUCUAAAGCCAAAAAUAGUUAUUGUCGAAGAAGCAGCGGAAGUUUUGGAAGCCCAUGUAGUUUGCGCAUUGUCAGCGUCAUGUCAGCAAUUAGUUCUCAUUGGAGACCAUCAGCAACUGAGACCACCGGUCACGGUCCAUCGUCUAGCCAAAGAUUUCUCUCUAGACGUCUCGCUGUUUGAAAGGCUGAUUAAAAAUGGGAUGGAGCCUUGCGUUUUGGGCGUUCAGCAUCGUAUGCGUCCCGAAAUAGCUCGUUUGAUCGUCCCUGCCAUUUAUCCGACGUUAGAAAAUCAUUCUUCAGUUCUGAAGUAUCCCGCCAUACGAGGCUUGGCAUCAAAUAUUUUUUUCCUGACACAUUCGGAACCAGAAAUAGGAGAUCACGAAGGGAAAAGUCAUUUGAAUCCGUAUGAAGCACAGCUUUCCCUGACUCUGGCUCGACAUCUUAUUAUGCAGGGAUAUACGCCCAAGCAGAUUACAAUCCUCACUACGUAUUCCGGGCAACUUCUUCAUUUUUUCAAGAUACGCCGGGAACAGCCAGCUGUUCAGUCUGUUCGGAUUUCCGUAGUGGAUAACUUCCAAGGUGAAGAGAAUGAUAUCAUCAUCUUGUCGCUUGUGAGGAGCAACGAGGAUGAAAACAUUGGAUUCCUUCGCAUCGAGAAUCGAAUCUGUGUUGCACUGUCAAGGGCCAAACAGGGCUUCUAUAUGAUUGGCAAUAUGCAGAAUUUGCAAGGAAAGAGCAAAUUGUGGAGCGGUAUUAGCAAAAUGCUUGAAUCAAAUGGCCAAAUAGGACCGGACUUCUGUUUGAAAUGCGACAUUCACGAUGUUGUAACAAAAGCGCGUAAAGUGGCAGAUUUUCCACCGGAAGGUGGAUGCAUGGAAAAAUGUGUUACAACUAUGGGUUGUGGGCACAUCUGUCCCAAGAUAUGUCAUGCUAAUAAUGAUCGGGAACACACCGAAUUCAAGUGCAAAGAAAACUGCACACGUUUUUGCCCUGUCGGACAUCCAUGCCCAAAGAAAUGUUUUGUAGAUUGUAAACCUUGUAUGGUGCAAGUGACUAAAAAACUUCCCUGCACCCACGAACAAAUCGUAUAUUGUUAUAAAGAUCUAGCCAAGGAAUUUUGUCAGACGCCUGUUUGGAAGAUUCUACCAUCUUGUGGCCAUGGAGUUGAUUUAUUGUGUGGAGCGUCCGUUUCCGAAGCUGUAUGUCCCGAACCUUGCGGAAUUACCCUCGAUUGUGGUCAUAUUUGUCCUCUUUCUUGCCACAAAAGGAGCUCCCAUGCAAACGUGAAGUGUCAACAGCCUUGUCAACGUCUGUGUUCUGAUCAGCACCCAUGUAACAAGAUGUGCUUCGAAGAUUGCGGAAAAUGUUUCACCAAAAUGAUGAAAACGUUGCCAUGCGGCCACGAGAGUGAAGUGGAAUGCAGCCAGCCUUUAAGAGACGUCAAUUGCAACGUAAGAGUCAUAAAACCUCUUACAGAUUGUGAACACACAAUUGAAAUUGAAUGCGGCAAGUCGACUGAUGGCUAUAAAUGUAACAAGCCGUGUGAAAAAACAUUGUGUAUCGAUGGCCACCCAUGCAAAAAGCGCUGCUUUCAACCGUGCGGACGCUGUUCCGUCAGAAUGGAAAGGCAGCUUAAAUGCGGUCAUUCGGCGGUUGUGGAGUGCUAUGUGGAUCCUUUGACGAUUAGAUGUCGGGUCAUAAAAGAAGGAUGUCUGUUACCUCUGUGUGGGCAUCGAGUCGCCCUUCAUUGCGGCAAAGACCCGUACCAAGCGGUUUGUAAUUUGCCUUGCAACGUCCGGCUUGAAUGUGGUCAUAGUUGCACCUUGAGAUGCCACACUGGUAAGGACCCAGACCACCAGGAAUACCAAUGUAAGAAACAGUGCGGGAAGAUGAAAAAAGGCUGUAAAAAGAACCAUAAAUGCGGCAAGAAGUGCUUUGAAGACUGUGUUCUUUGCAACGAGAAAUGGACACGAACUUUGCCGUGUGGACAUUCCCUUCAUACCGAAUGUCAUCGCAACGACGAAGACAUCUUUUGCUCGAAAAUGAUGACAAAGGUUAUCCCGGAAUGCGGGCAUGAAAUGGAAUUAGCAUGUUCCACUGAACCAACUCGGCUUCUUUGCAAAGAAUUAUGUAAUUUAAUGUUGCCUUGCGGUCAUAAAUGCAAGAAAAAAUGUUGCGAACCGUGCAGUCAAGCCGAUUGCAACGAACCAGUAACAACCUCACGAUUUAAUAUAUGCGGUCACCACGUCACUCUGGAUUGCAAAAGCUUUCAUGCAGUCGACGGAAUCCCGACCGAAUCCCAAGUGCAGUCGCACUUGAAAACCUGUUUGAAACCGUGUAAUGCCAUGCUUGAUUGUAUGCAUCAGUGUAAGGGUACCUGUGGCGAAUGUUUCAACGGAAGAGUUCACCGCGCGUGUGAUGACAAAUGUGGCCGUUCUCUCGUCUGCGGACACAUUUGUGACGUCAAUUGCGGCCUUUCUUGCCCACCAUGUAGAGGAACCUGUGAAUAUUCGUGCCCGCAUAGCAGAUGUCGCCACAAAUGUUGCGAACCUUGUAGCGCAUGCCAGGAGCCAUGCGAAUGGAAGUGUCAGCAUCAAACAUGUGGGAAAAAAUGUGGGGAGCCUUGUGAUCGCACUAGAUGUAAUGAACCCUGCAAUAAGAAGUUGCCGUGCGGUCAUUCCUGCAUAGGAUUGUGUGGCGAAAUAUGUCCACCGCUAUGUCGUGUUUGCGAUAAAGAUAAACUGACAGAUUUCAAGUUACUUUACAACGAAGAAAAUGAUGAUGCAAGAUUCAUUUUCUUGCCGGAGUGUGAACACUGUAUCGAAGUGGAAGGAAUGGAUCACUGGAUGGCUACAAACGUAGGUGGUCAAAUUCAGCCCAAGUGUUGCCCUCGUUGUAAGACCACUGUUCGGAUCUGUAUGCGCUAUGGCGACAUCAUUAAGAGCACCUUCGAUGAUAUAGCAAAAGCGAAAAAGAAAAUUUUGCAGUUGAAAGGCAACCCCCUGGAGUUCUUCAAAAGAGCUAACACACAAGUGCGGAAAUGCAUAAGUCUAAUCAAAAAGUGCCAACCGCUUAACAGUCUCAUCGUCGCGAUCGUUAAUCAAAAUUUGAAGGAUAUUUAUCAACUGUUGAAGCCAAAGACGACGAAUGGAAAGAAAGUCAAUCCGUCCAUGGGGUCUGACAUACGUUUUCAAACUGAAGUCAAUUUGAGUUUUUUGGAGAGAGUGCUGGAAAUGAUGGCAAAAAUGAUUUUGGAGGUUGAAAACCCAUACGGCUCCAAUAGACCGUUAAUGUCUACCCUUGCACCCACGUCAACCAAGUCUACAUACAUGGCGCCGGAAUUAACUGAUGAAUUGAAUGCUCUUGUUCAGAAACUGCUAUAUUCUCUGUUGAAGAGAUCCCGGAUUUCCAUAGCAGAAUAUCGCACUGUCGAUCGUGAAUUGGAGCGAUUAGAAUAUGUUCAGGCUUAUUUUGUUUUAAAAAGCUCUGCACUCUUUCCGACCAUUGGGGCAACAUCAUCUGAAAACCAACUCAUACAACAACUUCUGAUGAACAACGUUCGAGUGCUAGAAGACAGCCAAAAAGUUGAGAUAAAAUCUGCAUUGAAAAAGUUGGGAGAGAACAUGAAAACUGGUCUUGGAAUUAGCGACAAGGAGCGUCAAGAAAUUGUUACGGCGAUGGGAAUGUCACGAGGACAUUGGUUUAAAUGUCCCAACGGCCAUAUUUAUGCCAUCGGAGAUUGUGGAGGAGCUACGAUGGAAAGCAGAUGCAACGAAUGUAACGCUGUUAUAGGAGGGGGCAAUCACCAAGUGCGCAACGAUAAUGGAUUGGCUCGGGAAAUGGAUGGUGCCAUCGCCCCCGCUUGGCCGAUGCGGGUAUGAAUCCGUUUUCUUAUUUGCCUCUCUUUUUUGUAUGGUUUUUAAGUUUCAAUUUCUUAAUUCUUGUAUUAUUGCGUGUUCAAAGCAUGGGUUUAUAUUUAGAACGCAGGUAACGGGGGAUAGUAAUUGCUUUUUUAUGGAAAAUGUUGGAGGUCAAAACGACCAAUUUAAUUCUUCGUAAUCUUAAAAAUAAUCGAUUUUAGCUUCGGCGGUUGCAAAAUAAGCAACUCCCGUAGUCAAGCUGUUUGUACUUUCAUGCUUUUUAAACAAUUUUCAGUAAAAAUAGCUGAUAUCUUUCUGGCUUACGCCUAUCUUCCGUAACGAAAAGUUUCCCCAAAAACCUAGCUUUGCUACCUCUGAGUUAAUCUAGUGUUUGUGAUUCGUUUACUUAGAAAAAUUGUUUUAAUCCGGGAAAAAUGUAUUGAACGAUGAAAGAUGAAAUAACAUGGAUGUAACGACAA